UAUAGGUCGACGUAUAAUUAUCGCGGAUUUAGUGCUUUUGUUUACUGUGUAAUGUGACUGUUCGUAAUCAGAAUACUUUUUAACAGGUUUCAUGACAUUGGCUUGAUAACCAGCAUAACCUACUUAAUUUGGAAUGGGUCAGACGUUGUCUGAACCAGUGACAGCGAAGGAAACUUCUUGUUGUCAGAACAACUUUGUGAAAGUUGGGUCAUCAUGUAUGCAGGGAUGGCGAAUAACUAUGGAGGACGCACAUAUACAUUUGCUGUCCUUACCAAAUGAUAAGGACACCUGUUUCUUUGGUGUUUUCGAUGGCCACGGAGGGUCAAAAGUUGCUCAGUAUGCUGGUGAAAAUCUUCAUAAGAAAGUGAUAUCAAGGCCAGAAUAUUCUGAGGGAAGAAUACCAGAUGCAAUGAAACUGGGAUUUCUUGCUGUGGAUGAAGAUAUGAUGAAAGAUAAUGAUAUGAAAGAUGAGCUUGCUGGAACAACAGCCAAUGUAGUGCUGCUAAAAGGAAACAAAAUUUUCUGCGGUAAUGUAGGUGAUUCUAGGUGUAUUGCAAGUGUUCGUGGACAAGUGGAACAGUUAUCCUUUGACCACAAGCCAGGAAAUGAGGCGGAGACAAAGCGAAUUAUUUCUGCUGGAGGAUGGGUUGAAUUUAAUAGAGUGAAUGGAAACUUAGCAUUAUCUAGAGCAUUGGGCGAUUUUGUCUUCAAGAAAAAUGAUAAAAAGGACCCAAGAGAUCAAAUUGUGACAGCAUAUCCUGAUGUAGUAGAAAAACAGAUUACUCCAGACCAUGAGUUCUUGGUACUUGCUUGUGAUGGGAUCUGGGAUGUUUUAACAAAUCAGGAAGUGGUAGACUUUGUGCGUGCUCGAAUUGCUCACGGCAUGGAACCAGAAACAAUCUGCGAAGAGCUAAUGAUGAGAUGCCUUGCCCCAGACUGUCAAAUGGGAGGAUUAGGCUGUGAUAACAUGACUGUAAUACUAGUAUGCUUUCUACUAGGGGGAAGCUAUGAUGAUCUCACACGGAAAUGUUCACGAGGUGGGGGACAAAGACUAGGUUCUUAUUAGCCACCUCGGGAGUCCAAUACUUGUAUUUACAAAGAUUUUUAGAUCAAUCACAUUAAUCUGUGAUGAAAGACCUGUGGGACUUUCAGGUUAAAAUUCCAUCCUUAGUGUGUUUACAACAAUGAUUUAAGUGUUAUCCAAGAGUAGAUUUUAGUUGAAUUGUUUACAUAUUGUUAUGAAAUUUUAAUAUAUGAUAAUGUGUGUAUUUAUAUGUAUGUGUGUGUGCUCAAGUGGAUUGAUUAGGUGUAACAGUUGUUGCAUACUGUAAAUUCUUCAAAUUUAACAAGUUAUGAUAUUCAAAGUUUACCUACAGGUUACAUUUGUAUCAGAAUAGUGAAAUAUUCAAGUGUGUGAAUAAGCAGGCAGCUCCUUCAAAAUUGAAUGAUGAAACAAGCUAUAGACAAAUGGACAUUUGACAAAAAUCAAACACAACCAGUAGAAGAAAAACCCUCACAUCUCUUUUAUUCAAAAAGAUUUUAUGAAAGGCUGCAUUUUGUUUCCUCUGUGUUUUCUUUUACUGUACUGGGUUUUAAGUGCAUACAUACACACCUAUCUACAUCUUCAUUAAUAAGCAAUAAUUCAUUUGUAGAAACAAAUACAUGUACAUUGAGAUAUGCAUGAGUCUAGUCUCAUUUGAUUUUAAAUCAGAUGUACCAGUAUUAGUUUAUUUUUUGUCUGUGAUAAAAAGGAAUUACAUUUUUAUUACACUUGCAUGUAUCAUAAGGUCAGCUUUAUAUGAAGGAAGGAUUUCGAGAAUUUACUAAUACCAGUAUUGUGUGAAAUCCAUAUUGUUCAAACAAAGAACUGCAUAAUAAAACAAAAAUAUUGAGACAUCAUAGAGAUAUUUUACUUACUACAAAGUCUAUUAGAUGGCAUAUAGCAACUUUUUCAACAUUUUAUUGAGAAGCAUGUCUACUGAUAAACAGUGGUGAGAGUGUUGCCAGAUAUAAACGAUCCUAGUAAUACCCUCACAAGACUUUAAAUCAGGUAACAUAAAGGUUGUGAACAUGUUCUCAUCUCAUGUUUGAAAAUAAUAAUAGAAAGAUAAAGUGCGUAUUGAAAAUGGGGUAUAGCACAUUUUCAAUAUCUCCUUAAUUACAGUCCUUGUACAGUUAACUUUGUGUGCUUAUUUGUUUUAUGAUAUAAUUCUUCAGAGAAUCUUGCACAGUUGUUAUUGGAAUAUUGAUAUUUCACACUGUAAUCUUAGUAAUAAUAUUCUGUUUGUUGCCAAAGAGUCUAUUGUAUGUUACACACAUAUCUCCGUUUGUAUUUUCUGGUACUCCUUGUUUAUGCUGAUCCAAUGUUAAAUAUUAUAUAUAUAUUACAUGUACUAGUGUGUGAUUUUGAUAUCUAUUUUGAAGUUAAUAGCAUUUUGUUAGCUCUCUCUCAAAACCAAGUAUGUGAUUUUGAUAAUGUGCUUGCAAAUACUCAAAACUGUAUAAAGUAAAACUCUCCUCAAAAGCAUUGCAUAAACAACCUUAUACUUUACAGUUCAGAGGUUUAAGUUUUCCUUUUUAUCUGUUGUAAUCCAAGCUAUUAACUACCUCAGAUCUCUGAUGGGCAACUUGUUUGUACCAUAUAAUUUGUUGCCAUUUGAGACACCUUUUUAAAUAUUUGGGGCUUCAGUUCUUGCACUGAAACAUAUAUAGUUACAGUACUUAAUAAGACCUAACAAAUUCUGUUGGGGGGGGGGGGGGGGGGGGGGGUGUCUAUAUUCCGAUAUAUAUCUUUGUUUUCAACUUUAAUCUUGGUCAUAAUUUUGAAAUAUACAAGAUACAAAGAUCAUGCUUGAUGAACUGAAACAUCAAGAAUCAAGGCUAUGUGAGUAAUGUCAAGGUCAUUUAUGCCACAACUCUGGGGCAGUGUUUAUCUUACAUGUAGUUUUGUAUGAAAGUUCUGGACAUAUUGUAACAAGAUAUAAAGGGUAUAUCUACUUCUUUAGUUCAUUAGUUUACUUUGAUGUUGGUAAAAUCUGUACAUUGUAGUACAUAAGUGUUAUUAGUAUGUACAUGUACUGACAUUGUCCAUUUACACAAAGAACAACACAUCUUGCCUGCAAGGACUACAUGAAUGUAUUGUAUUAUCAUCAACAGUAAUUUUAAAAAUGCACCCAUCUGUUAGAUUAUGUUCUGUGUACGUAUAACAUUGUCUCUUAAUUCAAUAUUGAUUUAGAAUAAUGAAGAUUUGUGGCCAAUGAUUCUACAGUGUAUGAUUAGCUUUGCUUAUCACAAGAAAGGUUCUCUAUAUAUAUGUUUUUAGGAAUACAGAAAUUUCACUUAUCUGUAUGCCAUGGGAUCCAAUUUUCUUGAUUUUAGAACUUGGAAAAACUCUCAUUCGCUGGUGGUUUACUUUUUCCUGUUUUAGGAGAUGUAAAUUUUUGGGUAUUGCAAUUCAACCAGUUACACUCCCAUGGAAAUCAGUGAUUUUACGGUGUUACAGUGAAGUCCAAUACAGACAAUGUGAAAUUUCCCCAAAGAUAAUAAAUUUCCAAAUUUUGUGAGUUACUUUUAAAUACAAAAGAUAUUUGGGGCAACAUAUUAGCACCAUAGGAUACCCAAGAUUUUGGACACAUCAAAUGAAGUAAGAUUUGCUGUGCUUACAUGGGAUUUUCUAUUACUUGAUCAAACAAUGUGGUAAAUAUGGGUUUUUGGCAAUAUUAAAACACAAAUACCACAGGGGCUAAGCCUGUUUGGGCCCAGACUCUGUGAUGCCAUAAAUAUAGUAGUAUAUGUAGUAAUAUAUAGUUAUGGUAUCCCAGAGUUCGGGCCCAAACGGGCUUAGCCCAUGACAAAUACAAAUAGUUUUACAAAAUUCUCUAAUAAUUUUUGCCCCCUGAGUAUCGUAUGUCUACCAAAAUAGUUAGAGGUGUCCAGUAAAUGUGUAGGUAAGUAGCAAUUUGAUCUAUAUUAUAUAUCCUCUUUCCUAAGUCAUUCAAAUUCUAAAUUCUUGUAAAAUGUAUUCAAUUGUCAUUUCAAAUUUAGUAUUAUCAAUUUAGUGCACAUCAUGAAAACAUCAGUCCAAUUACUAGAUUACCUCAUCUGGACACAGCUGAGUUCAGUGCAGGUGUGUUUUUUCAGACAAAAGUUGUAUAACUAUGGCUUCUCCUUUGACAAAUAUUCAUGUAAUUGUUAUGUCACAAUCAAAUAACAGACGACCUUGUUGUAAUAUUUUAGUCCAAUGGAACUAGAGGCAUUGUGUGUAUAGAAAGAGCUGAUCCAGACCAAGGGAAUCAAUAUUUUGAGUCAAAAUUUUUAAAUUUGAAAACGUAAUUUUAAAGCUUUAGCAAACAAAGAUGUUAAAAACUCGAAACAUAAUUCAGAUUUGAUAUUGAUUACUGUGAAUUAGUGGAUGAGCUGUACUUUCUUCAAACAUUGUAAUGAAUUAGAACUAUACAAACCUUGUUUUCUUGUAGAUUGUUGAAUUGUGCCAAAAGAUGACAGUUCAGUUAUAUGUAUCUUAGAAAUGUUCUGCUGAUGUUGAAUCAAGUAAUAAACAUUUGGGAAAAUA